AAGCAAAACAUCGGUUGGUUGCCCUUCGUUAUUGUGAAAAUGAGGAUACUUGUCAUAAUCACAUGCAUCGUUGCUGUUGCUACCGCCACAAAAACAUGUGAAGCCAAUGAGGAGCUGGUAUCGUGCCAUAAUACAUGUGAACCACAAUGUGGAUAUACCCCUAAAGCUUGCACGGAGCAAUGUAUCAUGAACACAUGUGACUGUAAAGACGGAUUUGUUCGUAAUUCUCUUGGAAAAUGCGUCGAAGUAUCUGAAUGCACCAAGGAAACUACAAAAUGCCCAGAAAAUGAGACAUUCUUUGGCUGUGGAACAGCUUGUGAAGCAACUUGUGAGAAACCAAAUCCAACAGUUUGCACUAAACAAUGUAUCGUCAAUGUCUGCCAAUGCUCCAAAGGUUUCGUUCGUCAUGGACUCAGAUGCAUUGAUAAGAAAGAUUGUCCAAAAUAAUUUGUUUUUGAGUAAACAUUUCCAAGUUCAAUAAACCAUCAAAUAUUGGAAAAAAUUCAAAAAGAAGUGUGAUGAAGGAAACUGGAGUUGUGUGCUAUUAUUGAUAACACAAUUGUUACAUCAGUAUUAUUUUUCCUGGCAUGAAAAACUAAAAAAA